AUGGGGAACGCGGAGAGCCAGGGCGUAGAGCACGCCUUCUACGGAGAGAAGCACCCCGGCCUGGGCCGCAAGCACACCUCCCGCUCGCUUCGCCUCUCCAGCAAAGCCUCCCGCCGGACCCGGCACGCCUCCUCCGGGAAAAUUAUCCACCGCAACUCAGAAGUGAGCACCCGCUCCAGCAGCACCCCCAGCAUUCCCCAGUCCCUGGCGGAGAACGGCCUGGAGCCCUUCGCCCAGGAGGCCAACCUAGAGGACUUUGGAAGCCCCAUCUGGGUGGACCGGGUGGACAUGGGCCUGCGGCCUGUUUCCUACCACACCGACUCCUCCGUCACCCCCAGCGUGGACAGCAGUACCGUCCUCACCGCCGCCUCCGUGCAGAGCAUGCCUGACUCGGAGGAGAGCAGGCUCUACGGGGACGAGCCAGCGUUCCUGGCAGAGGGCGACGGGAGGUCGCAUCGGUACGCGACCAACGGGACAGGCUUCAUGGAGACGGCCAGCUUCAAGAAGAAGCGCUCCAAAUCGGCCGACAUCUGGCGCGAGGACAGCCUGGAAUUUUCGCUUUCUGACCUCAGCCAGGAACAUUUAACGAGCAACGAGGAAAUCCUGGGCUUGGCUGAGGAGAAGGAUGCCGAGGCCGCGGCGACGGGAGGUCGCAUCGGUACGCGACCAACGGGACAGGCUUCAUGCCCCCCCCAGCCGCUGGUUGUCUGCCAGCGUGCCAACUCCAUGAGUGACUUGUAUUCCCCCAAAACCCCCAGCGCUGCCGUCAAUGGUGGCCCACGAAACGCCUUCGGAGGGUACUGCCGGAAUUUAGUGUCCGACAUCCCGGAUAUUGGGAGCCAUAAGAUCACAUCGGUCACUGCUGAGGAUGCGCCUUCCUACAGUAAUUACAAUACACUGCCCUGCAGGAAAUCCCACUGCCUGUCUGAAGGGGCCACCAACCCACAAAUUAGCCAUAGUAACAGCAUGCAAGGCAGAAGGGCAAAAACCACUCAGGAUGUCAACGCAGGCGAGGGGAGCGAGUUCACCGACAGUGGGAUUGAGGGAGCAGCCACCGACACUGACCUCCUUUCUAGACGCUCCAAUGCCACCAACUCGAGUUACUCCCCAACAACCAGCCGGGCUUUUAUUGGCAGCGACAGUGGGAGCAGCUCGACAGGUGAUGGGCUUCGCCAGGGAGUGUAUGAGAACUUCCGUCGGGAGCUGGAGAUGAGCACCACCAACAGUGAGAACCUGGAGGAGGCUGGCUCUGCCCUCAGUGACGAGCAGAGCAGUGGCACCCUCAGCUCCCCGGGGCAGUCUGACAUCCUUCUGACGGCUGCCCAGGGCACGGUACGGAAAGCUGGGGCUCUGGCAGUGAAGAACUUCCUGGUGCACAAAAAGAACAAGAAAGUGGAGUCAGCAACACGCAGGAAAUGGAAGCACUACUGGGUUUCCCUGAAAGGAUGCACGUUGUUUUUUUAUGAGACUGAUGGCAGAUCUGGCAUUGAUCACAACAGCAUCCCAAAGCAUGCUGUCUGGGUGGAAAACAGCAUAGUGCAAGCAGUGCCUGAACACCCCAAGAAGGACUUUGUCUUCUGUCUCAGCAACUCCCUUGGGGAUGCUUUUCUCUUUCAGACCUCUAGCCAGACUGAACUGGAGAACUGGAUCACAGCAAUCCAUUCAGCUUGUGCCACUGCAGUGGCAAGGCAGCAUCACAAGGAGGACACCGUCAAGCUCCUGAAAACAGAGAUAAAAAAGCUGGAGCAGAAGAUUGAUAUGGAUGAGAAGAUGAAGAAAAUGGGUGAAAUGCAGCUGUCCUCAGUAACAGACUCCAAGAAGAAGAAGACCAUACUGGAUCAAAUCUUUGUUUGGGAACAAAAUCUCGAACAGUUCCAGAUGGACCUAUUUCGAUACCGCUGUUACUUGGCAAGUCUCCAGGGAGGGGAGCUCCCAAACCCUAAAAGACUGCUUGCUUUUGCCAGCCGUCCAACCAAAGUUGCAAUGGGCCGUCUUGGAAUCUUCUCAGUCUCGUCAUUUCAUGCACUGGUGGCGGCACGCACAGGGGAGUCCGGAGUGAGGAGAAGGACUCAGGCCAUGUCCAGAUCUGCCAGUAAACGGAGAAGCAGGUUUUCUUCUCUUUGGGGGCUGGAUACUACCUCGAAGAAAAAGCAAGGGAGGCCAAGCAUUAAUCAGGUGUUUGGUGAAGGAGUUGAUUCAGUGAAGAAGUCUCUUGAAGGCAUCUUCGAUGAUACAGUCCCAGACGGCAAGAGGGAAAAAGAAGUGGCACUGAGCAGUGUCCAUCAGCACAAUCCUGACUGCGAUAUUUGGGUUCAUGAGUAUUUUACACCGUCUUGGUUCUGCCUGCCGAACAACCAGCCUGCUCUGACAGUCAUCCGGCCUGGGGACACUGCACGAGAUGUGCUGGAAAUCAUCUGUAAGACACACCACCUGGAUUACUUUGCUCACUACCUGCGUCUCAAAUUCCUGAUUGAAAACCAGAUUCAAUUUUAUGUACCAAAGCCAGAAGAGGAUAUCUAUGAACUGCUGUACAAAGAAAUUGAAAUCUGUCAGAAAAUAACACAGCACAUUCAAAUAGAGAAGUCUGAUGCAUCCUCUGAUAUUUACGGUUUCUCUCUGUCGUCUGUGGAAGAAGAAGGUGUUCGUCGGCUGUAUGUGAAUGGUGUCAAAGAGACAGGCCUGGCUUUCAAGAAAGGCCUGAAGGCUGGCGAUGAAAUUGUGGAGAUUAACAAGAAAGCAGCUGAGGAUCUAGACUCAGCUUUGCUGAAAGAUGCCCUUGUCCAGCCUUCGCUGUGUCUGACUGUGCGCACCUACCCUGAGAUAGAGGAAGGGCAGCAGCUAAUGCAGCCACCACCGCGUCGCUUGGAAAACCCAUCUGAUUCAAGUGACAGCGCACUGGCCUUUCCGGGGAGCAACCAAGGGCACUCUCCUUGUGGCGACCCAGACAGCUCUGUUGAAACAGCUCCAGAGGAGGCAGAAGCACAAGACUUGGAGUCAUCUGAUGAAGCUGACAAGAUGAGCAAGAGUACAGAGCAGGUCGCUGCUUUCUGUCGCAGUCUGCAUGAAAUGAACCCUUCUGAUUCAAGUGCUCAUCCUCAGGAAUUUACAGGACCCCAGCUGGCCACCAUGAGACAACUCACAGAUGCAGAUAAACUGCGAAAGGUUAUCUGUGAACUUCUUGAGACAGAGCGCACCUACGUCAAAGACUUAAAUUGUCUAAUGGAGAGAUACUUGAAGCCUCUACAAAAAGAAACAUUCCUUACUCCAGAGGAGCUGGAUGUUCUUUUUGGGAAUCUGACUGAAAUGGUAGCAUUCCAGGUAGAAUUCUUGAAAACUCUUGAAGAUGGAGUAAGGCUGGUUCCAGACCUGGAAAAGCUUGAAAAAGUUGAGCAAUUUAAGAAAGUGUUGUUUUCCUUGGGUGGAUCCUUUCUCUACUACGCCGACCGGUUCAAGCUGUACAGUGCCUUCUGUGCCAGCCACACAAAAGUCCCUAAAGUACUGGUGAAAGCCAAGACAGACACUGCUUUCAAGGCAUUUCUGGAUGCUCAGAACCCCCGACGGCAGCAUUCCUCCACGGUAGACAGUGAAGAACAUUAUCACCUUGAUGUGGCCAUAAAAACAAUGAACAAAGUUGCCAGCCACAUUAAUGAAAUGCAGAAAAUCCAUGAAGAAUAUGGAGCAGUGUUUGACCAACUCAUAGCAGAACAAACGGGGGAGAAAAAAGAGGUUGCAGACCUUUCAAUGGGAGACUUGCUCUUGCAUAAUACAGUGAUAUGGCUGAAUCCUCCUGCUUCACUGGGGAAAUGGAAGAAGGAACCUGAGCUGGCAGCAUUUGUGUUCAAAACUGCUGUGGUCCUUGUAUACAAGGAUGGUUCCAAACAGAAGAAGAAACUUGGAGGAUCACAUAGAGCUUCAAUUUAUGAAGACUGGGAUCCGUUCCGCUUUCGCCACAUGAUACCUUUAGAAGCUCUGCAGGUUCGAGCGUUGGCAAGUGCAGAUGCAGAGACCAAUUCUGUAUGUGAGAUUGUCCACGUAAAAUCUGAGUCUGAAGGCAGGCCAGAAAGAACGUUUCACCUUUGCUGUAGUUCACCAGAACACAGGAAGGACUUUCUGAAGGCUGUGCACUCAAUUCUGCGAGAUAAACACAGAAGGCAGCUUCUUAAAACCGAAAGUUUGCCCUCAUCCCAGCAAUAUGUUCCUUUUGGUGGAAAAAGAUUGUGUGCUCUAAAAGGUGCAAGGCCAGCCAUGAACAGGGCAGUGUCAGCCCCAAGCAAGUCUCUUGGGAGGAGGAGGCGGCGGCUGGCCCGAAACAGGUUUACCAUUGACUCAGAUGCCGUCUACACGAGCAGCCCUGAAAAAGAGCCUCAGCAGCCCACGCACAGUGGGGACACUGACCGCUGGGUAGAGGAACAGUUUGACCUUGCUCAGUAUGAGGAGCAGGAGGACAUCAAGGAAACGGACAUCCUCAGCGAUGACGAUGAGUACUGCGAGGCCAUGAGAGGCGCCGUGGCCGAGCGAGACCUCCGGGAGCGGCUGCAGGUACAGAAGCUGCAUCGUGAGUGA